AUGGAGUUUGAAAGUCUAGAAGACGUGCCAUUACCUGAGUCAAGCUGUUCAACGUGUACUAGUUCAACACCCUCAAGUCCAGACGAAUCACUAACGAACGAUAAGGGAACUCAAACAGAUUUCGAUUCAAGCUCAGUUAACUUGGAUGAGCAUAAUUAUUCCUUCUCUUUUAGAGUCAAGACUGAUACUUUUGGUGAGCAAAAAGAGUACAUAAAGAGACUUGAAGAGAAGAUUGAAGAACAAUCUCUUCAUAUCAACACACUGAAGCAAGAAAUAGGAUCCCUUAAAAAGCAUAUACAUGAAUAUGAACAAAAGAAAUUCAGUCUAGAGAAWUUUAAAGACGAKGAUAGUGCCAUAAGUUUCUAUACAGGAUUCCCAAACUAUGAAGCUUUAAUGGCURUGUUUGAAUACCUUGAGCCAAAAGCCCCCAAACUACAGUACUGGAAUGGGCAGUAUGGUCCUGAUAGUCGCAGCUACCAGGACAAUCCACAGUCGAAACCUGGACCGAAAAGAAAWCUUACUAGCCUACAAGAAUUUUGGAUGGUACUCGUUCGACUUAAAGUUGGUCUAUUUGUUAAAGACCUGUCGGACAGAUUUGACAUAUCUACAGGACACUUCUCCAAGAUUUUMACUACCUGGAUAAACUUUCUAUUUGAAGAAGUAAAACUGAUCUUCCCCUUUCCCUCRCAAUCUGWUGUGCUACGCAAUAUGCCAGUAGAGUUUUCUCGCUACCCAAGAACAAGGGUCAUUAUUGACUGCACAGAAGUAUUUAUUGAAGUGCCAUCUUCAUUGAAAGCACAGUCAGAAACAUGGUCUAACUACAAGCWCCAUAACACAUUCAAAGUGCUUGUAGGCGUAUCAMCAAAUGGCCAAGUUAUAUUUAUUUCUAGUUUGUGRGGAGGAAGAGUCUCKGAUAAAGUUAUCACUAGAGAAUCAGGAAUACUGGAUUUAGUUGAUGUUGGAGAUAACAUMAUGGCAGACAGGGGAYUUGACAUAGCAGAUAUUCUACCUCCAGGAGUCCAUCUCAAUCUACCGCCAUUCAAAGGCACAAGGCAGCAGUUAACAGCAAAGGAGGUCGAGGAAACAGCAAAGAUUGCGUCUGUCAGAAUACAYGUUGAAAGAGCAAUUGGUAGAAUAAAGAACUACCACAUUCUUGACGGAGUACUCCCAAUAAGUCUUUCCCAUGUUGCUGACCAGAUUUUUACUGUUUGUAGUURCCUGACUAACUUCCUACCACCACUUCUCGAGGCAGGCAAUAAUGAUGACACAUGA